AUGGGAAUUAGACACUCGUCCCGCUGCAUGCUCCUCCGGAGAAAAAUGGCGGAGUCUGAGAGCAGUGAGGUAAGUCAGCCGCAGACUCAGCCACAGCCAAUCCGCAUAAUUCCAUCCCAGUCGGCGCAGCCCACCCCGUUGCCCAAACCUGUGCCUUCCGUCCAGCACGGGACGAGGCCUCCGUUCCCACCGCACACGCCGCACGCCGCCAGCCUCCCGAGCUGCACGGGGCGGGGCAAGAAGUUCCUCAGUCCCGAGGAUAUGACCUCACGAGACUACUACUUCGACUCCUACGCCCAUUUCGGUAUCCACGAGGAGAUGCUGAAGGACGAGGUGAGGACGCUCACCUACAGGAACUCCAUGUACCACAACAAGCACGUCUUCAAGGACAAGAUAGUGCUGGAUGUGGGAAGCGGGACCGGGAUCCUGUCCAUGUUCGCGGCCAAGGCCGGGGCGAAGCACGUGUACGGGAUUGAAUGUUCCAGUAUAUCAGAGUACUCCGAGAGAAUCAUCAAGUCCAACCACCUGCACAGCGUGAUCACCAUCUUCAAGGGCAAGGUGGAGGAGGUGGAGCUUCCCGUCGAGAAGGUCGACAUCAUCAUAUCCGAGUGGAUGGGCUACUGCCUCUUCUACGAAUCCAUGCUCAACACCGUCAUCUUCGCCAGGGACAAGUGGCUGAAACCCGGUGGAUUAAUGUUUCCUGACCGAGCCUCGCUGUACGUGGUGGCCAUCGAAGACAGGCAGUACAAGGACUUCAAAAUACACUGGUGGGAGAACGUAUAUGGCUUCGACAUGACCUGUCUCCGUAACGUGGCGAUGAGGGAGCCGCUGGUGGACGUGGUCGACCAAAAACAGGUGGUGACCAACUCCUGCUUGGUCAAGGAGGUGGACAUCUACACGGUGAAGCCGGAGGACCUCUCGUUCACCUCGGCCUUCUGCCUGCAGAUCCAGAGGAACGACUACAUCCACGCGCUGGUCACCUACUUCAACAUCGAGUUCACCAAGUGUCACAAGAAGACUGGGUUCAGCACCGCUCCAGAUGCAUCCUACACCCACUGGAAGCAGACAGUGUUUUACCUGGAGGAGUAUCUGACUGUGCGGAGAGGAGAGGAGAUCGUUGGCAGCAUCGCCAUGAAGCCCAAUGAGAAGAACAUUCGGGACUUGGACUUCACCUUCGAGCUGAACUUUAAGGGGCAGCUGUGUGAAGCGGCCAUUUGUCACGACUACAAGAUGCGUUAA